AUGUUUAUUUUAGUGUCGACUUGAAUGAAGAAAAAUCCUAGCAUAGUACUAUAAGAAGGCCUACCUUUUCUUGAAUCAGGUGCUUCCAACGCCAUGGGCAUCUUAGAAGUUCUCUUUCUUAUCAACCUCCUUCGUUUUAUGAAUGCAGCAGCAGAUUGCUCGAUCUCCGCGUGCGGCAUCGACGACGUCCCCGUUAGAUUCCCUUUCCGACUACAAGGCAAUCAACCCCGAAACUGUGGUUACCCUGGUUUCGAUCUAAGUUGCAAUAAUCGGAGGGCGACAGUUCUUAAACUUCCUCAUUCUGGGGACUUUCUCGUGCGUGACAUCGAUUAUCGCACUCAACACAUAGAGCUUUACGACGAGGAUAAUUGCCUUCCUAAACGCCUUCUGCAGCUCAAUCUCUCAGGUUCUUCUUUCUUUGCUGUUUUUCAUCGGAACUACACCUUUCUAAGCUGUCCGACUCAGUUCGUAAUGUCUCGCUUCCCUAUCAUCGAUUGCCUUAGCAACUCAACAAUUUCAGUUUUAGCUACCUCUUCCACCCUCCUUGUGACACUAUUGUCCUCAUUAUGUGAUGUUAUCGGUACACUGCUAAUUCCAGUUUCAACGCCAGUACAAUACAAUGAAGGGUUCUCAUCUAAGCUCAGCGAGGAUCUUCUAUUAACUUGGUUUUCUCCUGAUUGUCACCAAUGCGAAACACAUGGCGGCACAUGUGGUUUCCAUGGAAAUGCUAGUCAAGAAAUCCUUUGCUAUAACAAUUCUCAUAGAGGUAAUAUUUCCAAUAGUCGCCAAGUUGGGAUCCUUUUCGUGUCGAUUGGAAUACCCCUUCUUGUAUGUGCAUGUGGUAUUUCUGCAUACCUAAUGAUCUGGCAUGCUCGACGAAAUACGGUAUCUAACACGCAGAGGAACACCGCAACAGCAACAGUAUCACCGCAACCUGCCAUCCCGGUGAUGGGUCUUGAUGAGUCCACCAUUGAAUCAUUUGACAAGCUGGUCCUUGGGGAAAGUAAGCGUCUACCUGGUCCCAAUGGUAGCACCUGUGCUAUAUGCUUAUCGGAAUAUAACAGAAAAGAAACACUGAGAAUGAUACCAGAAUGCAAGCACUGCUUCCAUGCAGACUGCGUUGAUGAAUGGCUACGGAUGAACGGUACCUGUCCAGUUUGCCGGAAAUCACCAUCCCCUGCUCAUGUUACAUCAUCAAGCAUUUCACAUUAAGACAUUUCCGGAAGUUUUGCUCGUAGGAUCCCCCACCACCAGCAGAUACACACCGGCACAUGCACUGCUUCUUGUUUGUACAAAUUGGUUUUUCAACACUGUUUCUUAUUUGCAUAGGAGAAGUUAAAUGCUUGACAAACGACAUGAGGAUUAGUUUUUCAACAGAAUUUCGAUGACUUGAAUCCAUUAUCCUUAUACUUUACUAAACCUGCAGCCAAAAAUGUAGGUGGAUGGGGCUCUGGUUAAUAAAACCACAUUGUUCUUAACCAACAGCAUCAGUUAUUUCUUUUUAGCUAAUUUCACCAAAGCCAUCCUACAA